AUGAAAACAAAGCUUGCUUUCCUUUCUAUGAUAAUCAGCUUUGCAAUCUCUCAAUGCUGCAAUGGAUGCAAUCCAUGCACAAAUCCAUGCGCUUCAUGUAGCAGUGGCAUUUUAAUAGGAAAUUUAUUGUGCGUUGAUGGAUGCCCAUCAACUUCUACUCUAUCAGGAAGUGCAUGCUCAGCUCCUUCAGGACUUCUUUUUUCAGUUGAUUUCACGACUCAACAGAGCCUAACAGCAAGCUCUAUUGGCGAAUUCUCAACGCAAUCUUCAACAGCUUUUAUAUCUCCAAGUAAAAUUACUCCUUUACCAACAUUAGAUAGAGGUUUUUAUUUUGAAGGGUCAUCAAGCUUGAUCGAUAAUAAUAGCUAUAUCCCAUCCUACUUAUUUACGCUCAACAUAUGAAUUCGUCCUAUUUCUCCAGGGACCAUUUUGAGUGUUUCUUACCUUACCUUAAUCAUUUAUAGAGUUUAGCAUCCAUUACGGGGUCACAUUGUCCAGGGCUUCCACCAUAUUUAUCCACGUGUCGGGCCAUGAACCUCUGGCUCAAUCCACUUUGUUUCGCCUGGGUACGAGACAAAUACGAUGUUUCAGCUUCGACGGGAUUUUGAGUGUAUCAAGUGGAGGAACUGAAUAUAUAAGAUGUGAAACAUUAUCAGCAGGCUAUCAAAUAACAUCAAAUUUUAAAAAUCAAGCUUAUAGCAGCCUUUCUCCUCAAAAUUAUCAAGCAUCUGGACUAUUAUUUCAAUGGCAAGCAGUAAGCUUUCAAAUUCAGCAAUCUGAUUAUACAACUAUAAAUCUUAGUAUUAUUAUUGAUGGAUCAAGUAAUGCGAACUCAAUAAUUGGUUUUGAAGCAAAUUAUCCAAGUGCGAAUCCUUAUAAAUGAUUUAUUGGAAAUAGCGGCUUUGCAAGCUCUUUUCAAGGCUUUUUGGCUUUCAUUGAAGCUUGGAGUGACAUUGUGACGACGACAUCAAUUUCUGGGUCUUUUCCAAAUUGUGUAAAUAAUUAUUAUUGGGAUGGAUCAUCAUGUCAAACUUGUUUAGGCUGUGCGUCGUCAUGGCCUUGGUGUGUUCGUGGAACUGAUUGCUCUUAUUGUGCUAGUGAUGACUGCUCUGCAUGCACUGGAUAUGGUAGCUCAAUGUGCACAAGUUGUGUGGGUAAUGGGGUAGCGCCAAAUUGCUGUGACAGCUCUUGUUCUACUUGCUCAGGGUUAGGCUAUUAUUCAUGCUCGUCUUGCAGUUCUGGAUCAUAUCUAUUAAGAGGUAUAUGUGUGCCGUCAUGCCCAGCAAAAUAUACUCAAGAUUCUACUCAGAACAAAUGCAUUGCUAUCUCAAAUUUAGUCGUAUCUUUGUCUUUAAAUGACAAAAUUAUUUUGGACUGAAUUUCUGGGGCAGCCUUUCUUAUAGGCAGUAAUGGUGCAAAUGACUACCCAAUUUUUGAUAGCAAUGAUCCUAUACCUGCAUAUUCAAGAGGAUAUUAUUUUACAGGCACUUCUUCUAUGUUUUCAUCAACAAAUAACAUCGCGCCAUGAUUUUCUAUGAAUUUUUGGGUCUAUCCAAUGGGCGAUGGCUACUUUUUUACCAAAUUCUUAACAAGUCCUUCUGUAAAGUUAGUAUAGGGUUUUACCCUGAGUAACCCUAUAAGGGCGGAUGAUUCUCGGUGGAAUCAUCGAGUUGGUCCAACCAACAAGUGAGAUGGUCCAACCAACAAGUGAGUUGGUCCAACCAGCAAGUGAGUUGAUCCAACCAACGCACUAAGUUGGUUGGACCAACGAUGAUUCCACAGGAAAUCAUCCGCCCUUAUAGGGCUACCCAGGGCAAAGCCCUAUAUCUAUAAAUUUUUCCUCAGGCUUUGCAUAUGUUAAGCUUACUUUAUCUGAUUCCUCUACAGUCUUAUUUACAGGAUCAACUCCUCUUAUGAAUUCUUGGCACUAUUUAUCUGUAACAGGCAGUGUUGUUGCAGGUAAAACAGUUUUAUCUCUUUAUGUUGACAAUUCUCUUGACACUUCAAAAAGCUCUACUACUUUUGCGUAUUUAUAUGAAAAUGGCCAUACACAAAUAGGGGGAAAUUCUGGAGGGUUUCAAGGCUACUUGUGAAGCUUUGACCUAUAUAAUGAUGAGACUCAAUCAUCUGCUAGUUGAAAUCUCAAUGUAGGAUGUGGAUCUGGUCUUUCCCCAAGUACUUCCUGCCCGACAUGCCAAAAUUUGGAAUACCCAGGGUCUUCUUCAUGUACAACUUGUCUAAGUUUCUGUAAUAAAGGAUGCAGAGAUAAUAGAUCUUGCAAUCUAUGUAAAACAAGCACAUGCUUUGACUGUACAUCAUUUUCUGGGAACUGUUUAUCUUGUAUCACAGGGGCCAUACCUGAUGGUUCUGGUGGUUGUAGAUGCGACCAUAAUUUAUAUUGGAAUAUUACAAUGCAAGAUUGCAUCUUAUGUGACAUUGAAUGCUAUACCUGCUUAGACACAACUUUUUUUGAGUGCUCUAUAUGCUAUUCAAAUGAAUUUCUUGUAGAUAAUAUAUGUUUAAGAGAAUGCCCAUAUGGUUUUGGCUCUCCUUGCACUAAAGUGGCUACACCUGUUAUUGCUCAAAAAUUCAAUGCAGACCUAACUGGGAGGAACGAUAUACAUUAAAAUGGUGACACGUGUCAAUCUGCCCUCUUGGCACAACUGUCCAGACCUUAUGGUCACGGUGAACUGGGAUGGACUCCGAGUCGAUAUAAAGUGCAGUCUCAAGAGAUGUGAAUCUGGGUAGGUUUUGGCUGCUUUCCUGUGAUUGGAAAUGGAGGUACUCAACAAUGCCCUUUUGGAUUCGAGGGCCUAUGGUAUUCCUUUACCGAGAAACUGGAGGUUUACCCGGGCCACAGGGGAGUAGUCUUUUUCCUGUAGCUGUUGAAGGAAGGCACUUCGGGACCCGAUAGACUCUAAGGAGCUGACCCAUGGAAUCAAGCUACUCCAAUCGCCCGUAGCAGGCCGCAGAAACCCUAUAAGCACUCAAGACUGAAGCCUCAAGGCAAGGAGGAGACAGAAGGCGCAGGAAGUGGCAUCAGUUUUCGAGCUGAAAAGCGGUAGAACCUUCCGUACGGGAGGUCUUUGGUGACUGUCUCGCCAGUAUCGCUAACGCCUGACUUUAAAUAACCUAACCUAACCAACUGGGAAUAACUAUGGGCUUUUCUCAGUUAAUUUAGAUGCUUCCCGAUUAGCAUUUUUUAUAUUACUUGAUGCAUCUGAUUCUGUUCCUGUGUCCCAAAGAGGGAUAUUUCUAUCUCAGUUGAUGUAUUUGACAACAGGGGCUGGCAUUUAUAUAUAGCACUUUCCCUUGAAUAGCCCGAUAACGGGCUGGCUUCAUCGUUAUUAUCGGGCUAUUGAAGGGAAAGAGCUAUAUCCCACAGCUAUUCAAUCGGGUGCUGGAUGAAUCCAAUGGUAGAUGGAGACACCAUCCGCUAUAUGGCUUCAAAUUCUUAUUUUAUAUUUAACUCUAAUGGAAAUUUUCAAUAUGUUCUUAUGGAUACAAAUACAACCGCUUAUAAAUAUGCAGCCUAUAUGACAAUAGCAGAUGGUUGGAACUAUGUUUCUUGAACUAUGCAAUAUUUAAAUGGAGGAACCAGAGUCCAGCUGUUUCUUGGAGGUACUGUGAAAGCCGAUCAAUAUUGCCCAGAAAGCAUAUUUCGCCCUGCGAAAUCAGCAGCUCUACAGUUGGGAUACUCAUGAACCUGAAUGACUGGAUUCUUAUACAGUUUUCAGAUGUGAAAUGUAGCAAUAAAUGAUUUUUCAUACUAUUUAAAUGAUAACUCUUGUGGAACUGGCCUAGGAAUCACAUGUCUCCAUGCGUAUACUAAGUCAACAUAUAAUGAUAUAACGAGUUGUGGUGGCUCAUGCAGCACCGACGUCACCUCAGGAUGCGCUCGAAGUGUUCAAUGUAAUCAAUGCUACAGUACUCUUUGUGCUGAUUGUACUGGAUAUGGGGCAAAUUAUUGUACAGCUUGUGUUGAGAAUGCCUCAGGAUGACCAGGAAAUUGCACUUGUGAUCAAGGAUAUUUAAUUGAUAACUUAUACCAAUGCAAAGGCUGCUCUACUGGGUGCACCUAUUGCAAUAGCCAAGCUUUCAAUAACUGCACUGCUUGCUUUCCUACCUAUUAUUUGAUUGAAGGUGUAUGCAAUAAAGAUAAUUGCCCAUCAGGAUAUUCCAAAAACAGCGUUACAAAUGCAUGCGAUAUUGCUAAUAUUUUACCAUUUUCAGUCGAUUUCCAAGACUUAAUUGUUUUGAAUACUAUAGAUUCAUUGAACAUUGGCAGCUCAUCAACGAAUAAAUAUCCAAACUACGAUGCAAAUGACCCCUGGCCAGCCAAAAAUCGAGGCUACUAUUUUUCAGGCACAACUGCUGUAUCAACUACAUUCAUGUUUGGCCCAAUUUUUACUAUAACAAUCUGAAUCAAGGCACUUCUUAACUUAAAUUAGAAGGCAUCUGCCAUUUUGAUUACACAGUCAUCAAUGACGCUUCAUUGGGGUUCACCCGCUUAACGCCGUCUUCGGUAUCGCCUUGCUUAAAUUGGGACAAUGAUUCGCUGGCCAUGUUCAGUUCGGGUACUGCCUUUAUCUUCAGCUCCUAUCCUGAAGUGAGAUUUCUCCUGGAUGUCUAAUCCCUUCCCUUGCGGCUUGAGUGUUGAGUGAAGUUGGCCACACAAAAAUCGCAAAGAAUGGAAUUUCUGGUGUCUUCUGGCAAAAAAGGAAAAUCCAGGACCUGGGGCGUAACUCCCAGCUUCACUCUAGGUAGUUUCCGGAUUGGUCUAGGGGUUCUGUAGACCUUUCUAGGCUUUCCCUUUCUAACCUGAACCUCCUAUUCCUUCGAGGUAAAAUCCGAUCCCAAAAUUAGACUGAGAGUUGGGCUUUUCACACUGUCAGAAUUGCUUACCUAGCAUUGCCGCCAUUUCAGGAUAGGUAAAACCGAAUCAAGGCACUUCAAGCAGGCGUAGUAUUAGAAAAAUAUACAACUGCAGCCAAAGUUCUGCUUGGAAUUGAUACCGAUGGGAUUGCAACUUUAACGUUAACAUUGAAAAAAUCAAGCAUCUCAGCAGGAUCAGUCACAAGUAUUUUGAAUAAUUGAUGCUAUCUGUCUGUUACUAACACUUUUAAUAAAGAUGGCUCAAAUACACUGAAGCUAAAUAUUAAUGGGGUGUUAAAGCAGACAAAAAAAUCAGGAUCAGAUUGGCUUAAUGAUUUGCCGACAGGAAGCUUUUUUAUAGGUGCUGACCCUACUUAUAGCAAUGGAUUUACUGGAUUUAUAACGAGGAUUAAUAUUUAUAUUGAUGAUAUAUAUGCAAAUUCUGAUUAUUUAACGGCUGGAUGCAAUACAGGUUGCACAGUCUGUUCAAGUGCGAAGAAUUGUUUAAGCGACUGCGGUAUAAAUAAAUACCCAGAUGCAUGCACUAAUUGUCUAAAUACAUGUACCAAGGGCUGUGUAAGAGAUUUAACAUGCAGACUAUGCAAGCAAAGCGAAUGUUUAGCAUGCGAAUCCUUUAGCGGAGACUGUACAAGCUGUAUUACAAAUGCUUCAUUAAACUCUGGAUCUUGCUCCUGCAAUUUAAACGCCUUUUUUGAUACCCCAACCCAAACCUGCAUUAUUUGUGAUAAUUUGUGUGAUGACUGUUUAAGCACUAAUUAUUUUGAAUGCAGCACCUGUGAUAGUAGCUCUACUAUUAUUAAUCAUAUUUGUUUACGUGACUGUCCUUAUAAGUUUACUCUACCUAAUUGUGAUCCUGUUACAGAUGCAGUGAUUGAUACAAUUUUUUAUGGGACCUUUCAAGGCUCUUAUGGCAUCUUUAACACUGGAGCACACUCAUCAACAUACCAAUUUUGGAACAGCCCAGAAGCUGAUGACCCAAUUCCUGCACUAAAUAGAGGCUUAUAUUUUUCCAGUGGUAGUUAUCUAGAAACAAACACUGAUAUUUAUCUUUUUAACAGUGCUUCAAUGGGUAUCUGGGUAUAUACAAUUAUAUCAGGUGACCUUAUAUAUAAGCAAAAUAGAUUGACAUUAAAAUCAAAUGGAUCCUUAAUAGUAACUCUUGAAGACCCAACCGAAGUUACAACUGCCUAUACAACAUCAGCCCUAACAAUGACUGGAUGGAAUUAUUUAUCAUUUACCAUUAGUUAUUCAAGUAUAUCAAGUACUGUUAGUGUAUAUCUUAAUAAUAUAUUAAAAAAUACUGCAAAUUAUCCAACACUUUUAUUCAGAGAUGUGGUUUCUAAAACAAUCAUUAUUGGAAAAAGCACUACAACGCUGUUUAAAGGCUUUGUUUAUGAAUUUACUCUUUGGAACUCUGCAGUUACUGAUUUUUCUGGAAAAGUCAAUGAUCUGUGUGGAACUAGCCAAGGCUCAGCCUGCUUGUGAACUUGUAAUAUAAACCAAUAUUAUUAUAUAUCUGGAUGUUCUUCUUGCAGUUCUUGCACAAAUGGCUGCCGAAAUUCAGAUAGCUGUAAUAUCUGCUAUGAUCCUCGGUGUGAAAUUUGUUCUGAUUUUGAGCUGGGCUCAUGUACACAAUGCUUUAUUGGAGCUAAUCUAGAGUUUGGCUCAUGCGUCUGUGAUGAAAAUUACUACUGAAAUGUAAAUAGUGGUGCAUGCGAAAUCUGUGAUUCUAAAUGCUCAUCUUGUACGUCUAGUGAAGAAUAUGGCUGUAAUGGAUGCAAAGCAGGCUAUGUUUUGCUCAAUGGGAUAUGCAUGACAUUUUGUCCUCUUGGCUACACUGCUAUAUCUGAUAUAUGCACUUUGAACAGUGAUUAUAUAUUUGAUUUAAAGUUUGAAACUUUAUCAGGCAUAAUUUAUGACUCAAAAAGCUUUAUUCCAGUCCUAACAGGAAAUUCUGAAGAUUUCUAUCCCAACUAUGACUCAUAUGACCCUAUUGCAGCAUACCUAAGAGGAGUUUACUUCAAUGGAAUUAGUAGCGUUUUGCAAUUGCCACCUUUUUUAAGUUAUAAAUCUCCAAAGCUAUCACUGUCUCCUUGGUUUACGAUUUCAGUAUGAAUUAAUCCUGAAAUUUCAUUUGGGACUAUAUUCUAUAAGUCUAACAGUCUCAGCAUCAUUACUCAGCUGGUAUCAAUAACCCUUUCAAAUUAUUAUCCUUCUAUUUUGCUCCGCAUCCAAGGAACGACUAUUUCCCACAAAUGUGAGAAUGUGGUAAACCAUUACUCCUGGAGCCAUUUAUCUUUUACUAUAAAUUUCGAUUCUACAGGAAAUUCAAUUAUUACGUGCUUUGUUAAUACUAUUUCUGACAGUAGUCCAGGUACCAUUUCUGAUUAUUUUAUAGAUGACCCAAAUAGUCUUUCUGUGAAAAUCGGUGCAUAUGAGCAAUCUGUUGGAUAUUAUACAAAUUUUUUCAAAGGCUUUAUUUAUUGAAUGCAGAUUUAUAACUCUGUAAAAUCAAUCAGCUCUUUAUCAUUACAAUCUUCUCAAUGCACUGAGUCAUGCAGCUCUUGUCCGCUAGCAAAAAGUUGCAUCCCUAAUUGUAGAAUUUUGGAAUAUUGGAUAGGCCCUUCAUUUUCUCAAUGCGAUUCCUGCAGCUCUGAUUGUAGCUAUAGCUGCAAGGAUUCUGGGAGUUCUUGUACUUUGUGCUAUAAUAAUAUAUGUGAGUUAUGUCAAGAUUACAUCAAAAAUUCAUGCACUCAAUGUAAGCAAAAUGCAAGUAAUGAAACUUCUUGCAGCUGUGAUGCUCCAUAUUUGUGAAACCCUUAUUAUGAAUAUUGCCAAGUUAUUUCAGAAGGACAGUUUUGAGGAGAUGAUGGGGAAGCUUAUUCUUGUCCUAUUAAAUGUAAAUAUUGCAAAUCCAAGACUUCUUGCAUCACUUGUGUUGAUAAUGCUAAACUAGCCAAUAAUAAUUGUACUUGUAUAACUGGGUAUAAUGGGACGUAUAAUUGCAAUUUAAUGACAUUUGAGGCAUAUUUAGAAGUAGACAUUGACAAUUCUUUAUAUCUCACCUUCAGUGAGGAGCUUAAAUUCACUUUAAAUUAUGGGGAUUUUUUGAUUACUAUUGAAGGAGAAUCUAAUUAUAAGUGAAUUUUCGAAAUUCAAGGUGCUGAUAAAUACUCUAUUUCUAUGAAUAUUGAUUUUAGUAUUAUAGCCAAUACACCUAUAUAUUUAAACUUCACUAACAGUUCUGGGAUUUUCUCAAUAAAUGAUGCUGUCCUCACAACACAUGGCUUGGUAGGCUAUUUAUACAAAUAUGACUAUACCUCUCCUUAUAUAGAAUCUAUAUCUCAGCAAGCCAAAACGAGUUCUCAAGUAGCAGUUUCAGCCGUUAUGGUUUCAUCAUUUGUAUCAAUGAAUCCUUCAUCUUUGUGGACUAUGAUGAACACCAUUGAAAUAUUGUCUUUUAUAACCUUAUCUUCUAUAUCAAUUACUCCAGCAUUAUACGCGUUUUUAAUUUGUUUUAAUUAAUUUUACAUUAUUGAUAAAUAAAUAAUAAAAAAUGAAUAUUUAAAGGAAAUAUUAUAAAGAGCUUGAACAAUUAUAAUAUAGUCCCUAAUUUUUUUGCAGACUUUAUUGACCAAAGUGAAGGAAUAAAGCCUUAUAAGGAGGCUUAUAAUUAUGGCUAUGAAACUAAUCUGUUGCUUUUGAACUCUGGAAAUAUAAUAGAAACAUUCCUGGCUAUUAUUUUGUGUUUUCCUCUUGUUGCGUUUCUGUCAAAAUGCUCACAAAGAUGAAUAGGAAGAAGAUUUACGGAUGCUUUGAAAGAUUAUAAAUACUCGGUGUUUGUCAGAUUUUGGCUACAAAAUUAUAUUGAGAUAGGAGCAACAGCCCUAAUAGGGCUUUUAGAUGUAUUUUUCAUGUAGUUUGCCACAGGUAAUGGAUUCUUGAUGUUCAAUGUAAUCAUAUGCUUAAUUUUGGAGGUAAUUAAAAUUUAGACUCUUAUUGUGAUGACACCAUUUGCCUUAUUAUUGUUUAUGAUUAAAAACCGAAAGAAAAUAAUUCAUAGGAGUAAAGCAUUUCUCAAAACAUGGGACUCGCUGUUUUAUGAGUUUGAUAUCGAAAAAUGCCAUAUGAGCAGUCAAUAUUAUUUAUUAUUUAUUUGAAGGAGGAUUAUUUAUGUUUUAACUUUAAUCUUGCUGAGAGAUUUUCCAGGCUUGCAAGGGGGAAUACUUAUUGCUAUAUCAGCGUUAUUUGCUUUGUACGUGGCUGUUUAUCGUCCACAUGAAGAUCCAGUGCUUAUGGUUUCAAAUAUUUAUUCAGAAAUUGGAGUGUUAGUUGUAUGCAUUCAUAUAACAUUUUUUGUAUUUGACUUAAGCAGCAGCUUGGAAACUGCUCUUGAGCAAUCAAUCUAUUUCUGGGUAGGAAGCAUUAUGGUAUCUAAUUUGAUUGCAAGUCUGAUAAUCUUCUUUAAUCCCUCAAUUAAUGUUAAAAAUAUGUUUUUGAAUGCUCAAUUUUAAAAAGAAAUUAAAAUUUAUAUUUUAAAUUUUAAUUUAAAAAUUCAUUUUCAUAAAACAAGUUGUCUAAAAUUUUAAAUAGAAAGUAAUUAUUAAUAAUAGAUUAUUCUUAAAAGUAUCUUAAAAACAAUUUCUUAUAAAAAUUGCUAUAUGUUUCCUCUGCAGAGAGAAAGCUAGAACUUUAUACACAAUUUUGAGGCCAAAAAUCGAAAAAUUGCUAAAUAUUAAAAAAUCUUCAAUGAAAAGAAUAGUUCCUCAAACUGAAACAGAGCACAGCUUUGAAGCUAACACCUCUCUUGAUAACCCUCAUUUAUUCGAAUAA